AUGGAAAAUAACCGCUCCUCUCGUUUUGAAUUCCUCUCUUCCAAAAACAUUCCAUUCUAUACCAUGGACGCAGAAGUCUUUAAGAAGAUCCAACCCAAAGCUUUCUAUGGACAAUAUUUGGAAAACGAGGUUCGUCCGGAUGGAAGAGGAAUUGACGAUGCUCGUGGUAUUUUGAUUUCGUAUGGUCAUAUUGGGACUGCGGAUGGAUCGAGUCUUGUCCGUAUCGGCGAAACGGGAGUGAUCUGUGGGUUGAAACUUUCAUUCGACCCAGCCAAGGAAAGCUCUGACACAAAGGGGUCUCUCGAUGUAAAUAUCGUUUUGUCUUCUCUCUGCAAUGCGGACUUUUUCUACGGCGAGCAGGACAAACAGUCUAAAUAUUACGCCCAGGUGCUUAAACAAAUUUUCCAAAGAUAUGUUCUCGACCUAAAUGAAUUGUACAGUGCAGAGGCCAGCACAGUGAUCUGCGUCCAUGCCAGUAUUAUCUGCAUCGACUACGAAGGCAGUAUUUUGGAUGCCUGCUGCUUGGCGCUCCUCUCAGCCUUGCUGACCCUCCGCGUCCCAAAGCUUUCACUCAAAGAAAAGGAGCUUGUUUUCGAUUAUGAUGCUGCCUAUCCGCUCACCAUUCUGGAUUACCCCGUGGCAGUGACCUUCGGACUCUACAGCGAGUUCGAAGUGAUGGAUCCGGACGCGUUUGAAGAGGGUUUGCUGGAUGACACAGUUACGGUUGUUCUGGGCGGAAACAACAAAACGAUCUCCAUUAUAAAGCCCGGAGGCAAGCGAAUAUCGGACUCGCUGGUGAUGACAUUGCGCGGGAAGGCAGCCAAGCGAUAUGGGACGGUAUACGAGUCGGUUGAGAAGUUUAAAUGCGAUUUGUUAACGAAUAUGAAAGGAAAGUGCGUUGUUUGUGCCAUAUAG